UCCCAACAUUUCAAAACCGCCGCCUAGCCGCCGCCGCAGCCCACCGGAUUCCUUCAGCUCGCCGGGGAAACCAAACAUUUCCUUGUUUGAAGCCUUGAUCGUAUAUAAAUGGUGGCCGGAAAUUGCACCUCGGAGCUCCCUCCGGGGUUCAGGUUCCACCCCACCGACGAAGAGUUGAUCAUGUAUUACCUCCGGAACCAGUCCAUGUCCCGGCCUUGCCCGGUGGCGAUCAUCCCCGAAGUUGACAUCUACAAGUUCGAUCCCUGGCAACUACCUGAGAAAGCCGAAUUCGGAGAGAAUGAAUGGUAUUUCUUCACCCCAAGAGACCGGAAGUACCCGAACGGGGCGAGGCCCAACAGAGCGGCCGUUUCCGGCUACUGGAAGGCGACCGGCACGGACAAGGCCAUUUACAGCGGCGCCAAGUACGUCGGCGUCAAGAAAGCCCUCGUCUUCUACAAGGGCAGGCCCCCGAAGGGUUCCAAAACAGAUUGGAUCAUGCACGAAUACAGAAUUAUUGACUCGAGAAAACCAGCCAGUUGUUCCAAGCAGAAUGGGCCGACUAUGAGGUUGGAUGAUUGGGUGCUGUGCCGUAUUUACAAGAAGAAGAACGUGGCGAGGGCUUUGGAGCAGAAGGUGGAAGACGCCGCCGUCGCUCAACGGUCGUCGGGAAAUGUCGCCGGCGGCGAUAUUCAGGACAUAAAAGUCGCCCGGACGAGCUCGAUCUCUCAGCUGUGGGAGCUGGAUUGCUGGGGUUCGUCAUUUACCCCGCUACUAAGCGAUCAGAGUUCUUUACACAGCUCGGGGUUCGAUCACCAGAUCGCCGGGGCCGGCAGACUUGAGUGGGGCGACGGAGCUCAACUCUUCAACCAGCCGCCGGUUUUUGUGAAUCCGACGUUUCAGUUGCAGUGAUAGAUAGGUACGAGGUGCGGAUCGUAGAAACUAAGGUGCUAGAUUUGAUUGACGGUGGUGGGCCAACCUAUGGUUCAAAAAUUGUAAGAUAUUUUGUUAAAUUGAUUCGAACCUAUGGCUCAAAAAUUGUAAGAUAUUUUGUGAAAUUGAUUCGAGAUAUUUUGUUAAA